CAAACCUGGACCUAGGGUGUUCUUGGCGUGGGGCCGAACCCUUUUUUUUCUCUCAGAUGACGAAGAGAGAGACCCCUUCACCCCCUUCCUGGCAGCCAAAGCGGAAAUGUCCAUUCUUUUUCCAUGGCCCUGAAGUUUGGUGUCUGUCAGUUUGUCAGUUCCAGAGUGCUGUGGGCUAGACCCUGAGUGACAGGGGAAUUGUCAGCCAGGACUCUCAGCACCAUUGAACUGGCUUAGGAGUGGUUGUGAGGAUCCAGCGAGAAAGUGUUUUUGAAGCUGUGGUUCCUUGAAGGACCUCCAGUCAGCCUUUUCCAGCCACCUCGGCGUCCUGGCCUUGGAACUGUUGGGAAGCCAAUUCGACUGUUAGCCAAUCAUUUUCAGGUUCAGAUCCCUAAAAUAGAUGUGUAUCACUAUGAUGUGGAUAUUAAACCAGAAAAACGGCCUCGUAGAGUCAACAGGGAGGUGGUAGACACUAUGGUACGACACUUCAAGAUGCAGAUAUUUGGGGAUCGGCAGCCUGGCUAUGAUGGCAAAAGAAACAUGUACACAGCACAUCCACUGCCAAUUGGACGGGAUAGGGUUGACAUGGAGGUUACCCUCCCAGGUGAGGGUAAAGACCAAACUUUCAAAGUGUCUGUGCAAUGGGUGUCAGUUGUGAGCCUUCAGUUGCUUUUAGAAGCUUUAGCUGGGCACCUGAAUGAAGUCCCGGAUGACUCAGUACAAGCACUUGACGUUAUUACAAGGCAUCUUCCCUCUAUGAGGUACACUCCGGUGGGCCGUUCUUUUUUCUCACCCCCUGAAGGUUAUUACCACCCUCUGGGAGGUGGCAGAGAAGUCUGGUUCGGUUUUCACCAGUCUGUGAGACCUGCCAUGUGGAAUAUGAUGCUCAACAUUGAUGUAUCUGCAACUGCUUUUUACCGGGCUCAGCCUAUCAUUGAGUUCAUGUGUGAGGUUUUAGACAUUCAGAACAUCAAUGAACAGACAAAACCUCUAACAGACUCUCAGCGUGUCAAGUUUACCAAAGAAAUUAGAGGUCUCAAAGUUGAGGUGACUCACUGUGGACAGAUGAAACGAAAAUACCGAGUUUGCAAUGUGACAAGACGGCCAGCCAGUCAUCAAACCUUUCCUUUGCAGCUAGAAAAUGGUCAAGCUAUGGAAUGUACAGUAGCUCAGUAUUUUAAGCAAAAGUAUAGUCUGCAGCUGAAAUACCCCCAUCUUCCAUGCCUUCAAGUGGGACAAGAGCAAAAGCAUACAUACUUGCCCCUUGAGGUGAAGAGCAAUAGCUUGGUGGGUGGACCUGACCCGUACCUGAAGGAAUUUGGGAUUGUUGUCCACAACGAGAUGACGGAGCUCACAGGCAGGGUGCUUCCAGCUCCAAUGCUGCAGUAUGGAGGCCGGAAUAAAACAGUAGCCACACCCAACCAGGGUGUCUGGGACAUGCGAGGAAAGCAGUUUUAUGCUGGCAUUGAAAUUAAAGUUUGGGCAGUGGCUUGUUUUGCGCCUCAGAAACAAUGUAGGGAAGAUUUACUAAAGAGUUUCACUGACCAGCUUCGUAAAAUCUCCAAGGAUGCAGGGAUGCCCAUCCAGGGUCAGCCAUGUUUCUGCAAGUAUGCACAAGGCGCAGACAGUGUGGAGCCCAUGUUUAAACACCUAAAAAUGACAUACGUGGGCCUGCAGCUAAUAGUGGUUAUCUUGCCUGGAAAGACACCAGUAUAUGCGGAGGUGAAACGAGUUGGAGAUACCCUUUUAGGUAUGGCCACACAAUGUGUCCAGGUCAAAAAUGUUGUCAAGACCUCACCCCAAACCCUUUCCAACCUUUGCCUGAAGAUAAAUGCAAAGCUUGGAGGAAUUAACAAUGUACUUGUACCUCAUCAAAGGCCUUCAGUGUUCCAGCAGCCUGUCAUCUUCCUGGGAGCAGAUGUCACUCAUCCUCCUGCUGGGGAUGGGAAGAAGCCUUCUAUUGCAGCCGUGGUGGGCAGCAUGGAUGGCCACCCUAGCCGGUACUGUGCCACAGUGCGGGUGCAGACGUCUCGGCAGGAGAUUGCCCAGGAGCUCCUCUACAGUCAGGAGGUUGUGCAGGACCUGACAAGCAUGGCUCGGGAGCUGCUGAUUCAGUUCUACAAGUCCACACGUUUCAAGCCCACUCGCAUCAUCUACUACCGUGGAGGGGUGUCAGAGGGACAGAUGAAGCAGGUAGCUUGGCCAGAGCUAAUAGCAAUUCGAAAGGCGUGUAUAAGCUUGGAGGAAGACUAUCGACCAGGAAUAACCUACAUUGUGGUGCAAAAGAGACAUCACACACGCCUCUUCUGUGCAGAUAAAACAGAAAGGGUGGGGAAAAGUGGCAAUGUCCCAGCAGGCACUACAGUGGAUAGUACCAUCACACAUCCAUCGGAGUUUGACUUUUACCUCUGUAGUCAUGCAGGAAUUCAGGGAACCAGCCGUCCUUCACAUUACCAGGUCUUGUGGGAUGACAAUUGCUUCACUGCAGAUGAGCUCCAGCUGCUGACGUACCAGCUCUGUCACACCUACGUGCGCUGCACACGCUCGGUCUCCAUUCCUGCCCCUGCAUAUUAUGCGCGGCUGGUAGCAUUUCGGGCAAGGUAUCAUUUGGUGGAUAAAGAUCAUGACAGUGCGGAAGGCAGUCACGUGUCAGGACAGAGCAAUGGCCGGGACCCUCAGGCUUUGGCUAAGGCUGUGCAGAUCCACCACGAUACCCAGCACACUAUGUAUUUUGCCUGAGAGUCUUGGAAAAGAACUCAACCAAUUUGGCAUCCCACGCAUCCUCAAAUGUUUCAGAUGCCUACUGCCUCUAGAUAGUGCCACGUUGAUUUCAGGUGGUCCCCUACCAGCAGCUCGGAACAGUUAGUUGCACUGAAUCUGUACUUUGCAGCCCUGUCUGAUGCAUCAACAAAAUUGAGCCAUUUUUUAAAGAAGAAAAAAAGAAACUCAUAGAUUAUGCUUUCUGAUGCACUGGACAAAAUUUUUACCUCAGCGUGCAAAGGCUGAUCAGCCUUGACUUUCUAAAGGACUUAUUUUCCAAGGAGGGUUUCUGUGGGAUAUUUUGCUAGCUGUGGUAUUCACCGCAUCUAGUCUUAUAAGAGGAGUAUUUCCUUUUUCCUUGUUCAUUGAGUGGGGUAUAUGCAUAAGUGGGAGAGAAAAACCAAACGACCUGUUUCAUUUCCAUGCAACUUUUUAAUUGGGUGGGCCCAUAGACUUUUUAAUGAAGAUUUCUGACUUCGCCACUGUAAAUGCCUUUAAGGAGCAUUAAUUUUUGAAAGUUUUACAGAAUUUUAUUACUUUCACUGCUUUAUCUUACUGAUCUCUCCGGGCCUGUGCUGUGGAGUGCAGGCUGCCUGGCAAUUGCACUAUAUCUGGCUGCAGACUCAAACAGGCAGUUCUCUUACGUGUCUGGCUUCUGUGAAUGUGUGACAUAAGCAAGUGUGAUGCGUGUCACAGGGACAGGUAGCACUGCCAUGGUCAAAAGUAAAAAGUUCUCCCUAUUUGGAAAAAAAGAUUAGCUUUUAGUACGUUUCCAAGUUUUUUAAAGUGCCCAUUUUAUGCUGCUAUGUGGUUUGUUAGAUCUAAAUGAUUUUUAAACUUCUCUCAUAGAAAGUUAACUUUGGCAAUAAGCAUUUUUAAGGCCCCUCCCCUUUAUCCUCCAACAAGGUAGUUUUAUAGAUGAAAUUUUGGUAUGAUUUUAUCAACUAUUUCUUAAUAUAUCAUAACCUGGAUAUUCUGAAACCAGUCAGUCGAUAAAGACAUAUAUUUCCACGCCCUUUUAAAUAAUUGUUUGGUUUUUUUAAACCUGAUUUAUAGUCAUAGUCUGUGACCUGUCAUCUUUUUUCUUUUAAAAUAAGCUGGAACCAGGAUGCUUUGCCAAUGUAUAAGGCACAUUGAGUGAUGCUGGACUUUAAAAAAAAAAAAAAAAAGUACCAGCAUGUAAAAAGCUCGUUUUCCCUGGGAAUUAAGGCUGUGCUCAUAGCUGCUUACAGUACAGUUCUGUUUGCUCUUCUCUCAGCCUGAAAUGUGCUUGAUGGUUUUGCCUUCCUCUUUUUCAGCUAAAACUUUGUGGAAGAAGUUGAUUUUCCCCUCUUUUCUGUAGAGUCUGGAUUCCCUCACAGGAAGACAGGACUCCUUUUCUUGUCCAGCAAAGGGAGUUGAUACAAAGCAAGUAUCAAUUAGAAACUAGGGGAAUGGAUUCUGUAUUUAAUGUAGAUAAUACUUUGUAAAGGACAAACGUUACAUAGUCUAGGUAGUUCCACCCAGGGUUUCCCAGCCCACAUUUUACUCUGUCCUCGAAGGGCAAGAGGUGAAAGGUAAAAGGCUCUCUGGAGAGCCACACUCCUUGAGCUGAGGAAGGAGCUGGGAAGAGACAAACACAAUAUACUGAAAACAAUUUUGUUGUCUCUAUCUAGAAACCAUUGGUGGGAAACACUGGAUCAGAUGGUGAAGGGUGUUUGCUUGAACUCAUUAGUUGAUUCAAGAUCCAAAUCUGUUAAACUAGCCUUCUCAAAAUCCCAGCAAUACAAAACACUGUUCUCCUUCAGUCUUUUCAACAAGCUUGUAAAUACAUUAAUGUUUACAUUUCCAUGUGCUGUUGCUCGGCAGUGCCACCAGCGUUAGCUGAACUGGUCUCUGAGAGAGUUUUAUAAUGUCCAUCGAGUCCUUUAGCUCAUGAGGAUGAGUGCAGACAUUCUUAAUCUCUGCAGACAGUGGGGAAAAGCAAGUCCUGUGGCUGAAGCACAAUGAAGGCAGGAGUGAAGAGGCAGCUGAUACUUUUUUUUCCGAAUACCUCACUUGGAUAAUACAAAUCUGGACAUGUUGAUCAGUGGCUGACUGCCCCUUUUAUUCACACUCAUUCAGGGAGAGCACAGAAAAUACUCUUCAGCACAGCCGCUCUGGAUCCAAGAGGAGGAAAAAAAAAGUGGGAGCUUUUUAGGAGAAUGAGGACUCACCUGGAGCCUGUGGCAUGAAGAACUCUUGAUGGUUGGCUAGCUGGCUAUCCAGCCAGCAGGCACCACACCUGCACUUGAGUGCCGCAGGCUCACUGGUUAACAAUGCACAGAAGAAAUGUCUUGCCAUCUUCCUGCAUGAUGGAACAGGAAGCAAGCUGGUUGCCCAGAAGCCCUGAUCCAUUUGCCUGCAGUUGGGUUCCAUGCUUGACCUUGAACAAAAUACCUGAAACACCUCAAUCUGUCCUAGUAUGCUGGAGCCUAUUAGUAUGGUGGUGGAAGAAAAGCCAGGAGGCCAGUUUUUGUAGGAAAACAGUACCAUUAAGGGUGUGAUGCUGUUGUUUUGAACAAAUGGAAAGAAAUGUGGAAGAAUUAGGAUUGUUGGGGAAAAGCUUACCGAGGGGUAAAUAGUUAAGAGGUGAUCCCUGCAGAAUCAGAACUGCAGUAAUACUAUCGCAAGCAAAUCUGAAUGCAUAGUUUUAAUUUAAUUAGGGUUGACAAUUCAAAUAGUUCUCCCCUCGAAACUGACUGAAUCGUUAUGCAUGUGUCAAUCAAUGGGAGGUGUGCAUUCUCUAGAAGUAGUGUUAGGCUGUCUGGUUUUCUUAAAUGCAGCCUAUUUAGGCACUGUCAUGUAGUGUGAAAGAUUGCAGUAUGGCAACACUGAAGAAUUAACAGUUUGGGGCUAGGGAGCACAGGACAUUAAGAGUGGGGAAGACCCAAAUGUUGAAAUAAUUGUGUUUUGUUGUUGUUAGUUGUUGAGUCCUGAGCCGUUUAUGAAGUGAACCAGCUGGUUUAAUGCAGCUAGCGUUCUGGGCAGGCAAACCACAUUCACUCCUACUGUAAAUUCUAUAUGCUGCUUCCAAAGGUGAUGACUUACAAGCAGGCAUGUUCUGUAUGGCCUGUAUUUUAGCAUCUGGUGCCCGAUCUAUAUCCUAUGCCCUUACCCACCUGACUCAGCUGCCUAUUCCUUCCCCUGGGAAAAGAUAAUCCACUGUUUUAGCAAGGCUCACCCUCUCUACCCUAGUCACCCUCUGUUGAUAUAUUAUAUGAUUCUCUUGCUCAUUAGCAAGGUGGCAGCUCAGCUUUCAUUUUAAGAAAGUGGAGGUUAAGGGCAUUGUAUUAAUAUUGCUUCAACUCCAAGAAUUUUUUCUUAUAAAAUUAAAGGAAAGAUCUUUAUUGGCCAACCAUUUUCUUUUCCCUUGCUAUUGACAGAUUCAUGUUUUUUCUGUGUCUACUGGCUGAAAAUGUUUGUUUGUUCAUCUGACUAACGGUGUGGUUUUUGUUUCUCUAUGGUUAGACUUGUAAUGUUUUAAAAUGUAUUUUAUUAAUUUGGACUGAAUGUCUGUCUCUAGCAAUACGAGGUACUUUUUAAGCUAUUAAGGAAGGGUUUGUAUCCCUGUGUGAGAUAAGGUGAUGGUUGUUUAAAAAAAUUUUUUUUUUGGCCUGCAGGGAUAUUUUGUGUUCAUGUGUCCAAAAAGAUGGGUAGGGGGGUGGGUGGGAGAGAUAAAUUGGCAUUCUUGUGCUAAAAGUUGUUUUUCUUGUCAAUUGUGUAAUAAAUAUGGAAUAUAUUAUAAUGGCAUCAUAUAUGGCUACUUUUAAAAAACAAUUUCAUCUAUUUGAGAAAUUGGACAAAGAAGAGAAGUGAAACAACUAUGUUUAAUUCUGGGUCUCUCUAUGUUUAGGAAUUGCCAUUUGGGAGUUUUUGAAGGGCUCCCAGCACCACUUCAUAUAUGAAAACUUUGACAAGAUUCAUCAGGGUUCUAGGUACUGUUCUCAAUGGGAAGGGAAGCUCUGAUUAAGUGAUAUUUUAAGGAAACUGGUGAGGUGUGGUGGCUCGCUCCAGUAAUUUCAGAAGUUGGGAGGCUGAGGCAGGAACAUUAUUACGAUUCUGAGUCCAUCCUGGGCUUUAGAGUGGGACCCUGUGUAUUAGCUACUUUUCUCUUGAUGGAUAAAAUAUAACCAAAACUGGCCUAUGGGAGAAGUGGUUUUUCCUUUGCUUAUGUUUCUAGAGGGAGAGUCCACAAUGGCAUGCAAAUAUGGCAGCAGACAACCUCAGCAAGGAGCUGAGAAAUCACGUCUUCAACCACAAGCUUGAAGAAGAAAGUGAUCUGGAAAUGAGGCAAGGCUGUAAACUCUCAAAACCUGCUCCCAGGGAUGGAUUUCCUUCAGCAAGCCUGACCUUGCAUAGCCUCCCUAAAUAGCGUCACCAACUGGGAGCCAGGCGUCCAAAAGCCUGAACCUGUUGGGGACAUUUUUCAGUCAAACCAUUAUACUGUGUCUCAAAGAAAAGCAAACAAAUAAAAACAAAAGAUCCAAGAAGACA